AUGGAUGAUAGAUAUGAACGAGACAUUGUAGACGUUGCUAGAGAUUAUGCUCGCUUUGGACUUAUUCACAAAAGACGUGAUUGCCCAUUUUGCACUUGCCCUAUGCUUCUAGUUAGAAAUGCUGAGUCUAGAUCUCAGUUGAUUUGGCAAUGUGGAAGAUGUGGUAUCAGUAAAGGUAUUACUAUGAACACCCCUCUGUGCUAUUUAGAUAUUAAGAUGUUUGACAUUUCCAUAUAUUUGUGGAUUGAUAAUGUUUGGCCCAGACUCGCUCAAAAUAUAGUCAGGGAUAGAAACUAGGUUAUUAAGAACUUCUAAUUGAUAAGAAAAACAUGCUCUCUAUUCGUUAAGACUAAAAUGUUGCCUUAUAUAAAGUUACCUGGUCCUGUUGAAAUUGAUGAAACAAGACUGGGUCGUCAAAAACUCUCUAAAUGUACAGUAUUUGCUAGAAAAAUUAACAGAGUCUUUGGUAUGCUGUGUAGAUCAACUGGCAUACCUAUAUUUUAUUACAUCCCAGAUAGGAAGCAUCCCACUCUAGUAAAAAUCAUUCGUAAGCAUCUUGCUAUUGGAGGUGCUAUUAUCUCAGAUACAAUGACUAGUUAUGUUAGACCAAGGAGUGAGCAAUCAAGGCUGGAUCAAUAUGGCUUUUAUCAUUUCUACAUCAAUAUCACUCAGCAUAAUAUUCACGAGAAGUACUCAUUUGUCUAUAUCAAUAACGUGAGAAGAAAUUUCUUGGAAUUAAAGAGACAUAUCUCAGCUUAUCAUCGUAUGUAUGUGCCUGUCGAGAAGGUAGAUCAGUUUAUUCACUCGUACAUGGUAAGAACUGUGAUGAAAAAAGAUAGAAUCUAUGAGUGUAUGCUUAAGAUCUUAAGAGAUUAUUACAAUUACUAACUCGACAUCUACUUAACUAAGUACAAUGAUGAAGUUAGACAUGUACCGAACAUCAUUACCAUAGAUAAAAUAGACAAACUUCUUGAUGGCAAACAUCCUGACUCAAUGGGAGAUAUCAAGUUUAGAUUUAGGAUGGGUUUGUUCCUUGCCAAGCCAAAAAAGGAUCCAUUGACUCGUGCAUUUUUGCAUGGGUCUCUUAUGGAUAAAGCUUAUGAUUUUGACAUCCCAGAGGAUAUAAGUGAGAUACCAGAUGAAACAGCAGAGGAAAUUGAAGGUAAAUCUAGAGCGAAGGGGAAUCCAGAAGACCCAAAUAAAGGUGGAGACGGUUAUAUAGAUAAUGUAUAAAAAAUGUAUCAACGAAAUGAUGAUGCCUUGAGAAGAGAAAACUCGAAAAUGCCUAGUUUUUACUCUUACAAACCAAACGCUAAUUUUGGCGUUAGUUCUAAAUAGAAUUCCUACUUAGGCUAGGGACAAUAUAGCUAUAACGGAUAAAAUAGUUCAACUAAUAUGUAUUCAGGAGGAGCUAAUAACAAUAUCAGUAUAGAACUCACCAAUAGAAUAAAGAGGGCAAUCCUUUGCUGCCAAUCAUGA